AUGUCGGUAUCGCGGCGCAAAUCGGGGGUGUACCCCGAAGGGCGGUCCAAUCGUUGGGGCAGGCGGAGGGGCAGCGGCAGCAUGCGGCCUCCACCCGCGCCGUUCUCGUUACGAGCGAUGACGCCGGCGGCAGCACCCCAAACACAAGCUCCAACGCAAACACAAGCACCACCGCCAUCAGCGAUUGCGGUGAUCGUACAGAACUACAGCAAGGCGGGCGGGGGCGGCGGGGCGGGCGGCGGAACGGGCGGGCUGCCGAACCGGGCGUGCCAUUCCAGCAGCUGCUGGCGGAGAUACUGGGGCCUGACGAGGGUGGCGCGGGCGGCCACGAGGAGGACGUGUGCUACCAACUAUAAGGUCCUCCAGGUUGUUACUAGUGCCGGCCUCACGGUCCUGCUGGCGCAGGAUGAGGAGGACCGUUGCGGGGACUUCCGCGGCUGCGUAAAUUGUAAUAACCAUUUCUUUCCGAUGUUGGUGUUGGGUGCAGUGGCACGUGACUGCUGCUGUUUUCCUUCUGCUGGGCUGCCGCAAGGGGAAUCUCCCGCGUCUGACUUCAGCAUGGACGGGUCGAUCCGCAAGAACCUGCCCAAAUUUGAUCCGCGCACGAUACGCUUCAGUCUGUCGGACACGGAGAGCGCGGCGCUGGUGGCAGUAAACAUCUUUAUCAUCUUGGCACGGAUUGUCGCCGCCGAAAGGAGGACGAGGCAUCUUCCCGGCAUCAGAAGCAUCGCGGAUCAUUUCACUGCUGCGCAGCAGGGCCUGGCAAAGAUUUGGGGCGUCAUGAUGGCCUCGUGGGAGUCGUUGCCGGUCAUGCGUGAGAAGGCGGAGGGACGUACGCAGGGGAAGCUGGAUGGACUGUACAUGUUUGCCGUCUGCUGCGUCGUGGAUACGCUCAAGCGCCCCGUUGAGCAGAUGAGCCAGAUCGCGGAACAGGCGGUCGCUGGGAUUGUGCUGAGCUUGGUGGCGGUGGCUUCGGCGGACGGCGAGUCGCCGCUCGUCCAGGAGCUGCUCAACGAUCGCGUUUUCUCGCCGGCGCUGGCGAUGGUCUCGGAUGAAGGGACCUGGAAGCUGCUGAGGCAUGAUAUGCAGGUCGUCCUGUUAAGGCUCAUACUCGACAUCACGCAGGAGCGCACAGUGGUCACCAAGGCGAGGGAAGCGCUGAAUGCUACCACCGGCGGAGAAUGGAAAUGCAAGGACGCCGCGCUGGACAAGAAAUUGAGAGCGGUUCCACUACCGGUGCAAGAAGAGGUGGCAGUCGACGACGGUUACGGUCCUAGGAAGCGUCGGAGGCUCGUCCAGGAUGAGAUAUCUACUCCAGAGGAAUUGACGAAGUCGCUCGUACAGCGCCACCGUGAUGGCUUCGGUAAAACAUCCGAAAGUGAUCGCUGCACAACCGUUCACACCAUGGGACUCGUUGCAUGUGCGUCCGCCGGUGAUCUGGAGCGGACCGGAGCAGAGGGGGAGUACGUGUACAGAUGUGGCUUCUGUGACUCCGAUGCGCCAUAUCCCCGCCGGAAACGUGGCUUCGUGAGUGAAGCUGUGGCCCAGCUCCUGGAUGCUCUCGAAGCUAUCCACAAGAUGGAGAAAUUCGCGGAGUCCCCAGAGAUCAGGGCGUGGGGUGUUGAGACCGUCAGACGCAUGAUGAAUCAUACGCAGGAAGCGGCGCAUCUGAAUAUGGAAAUCUCCGUUAUGGGCGAGUGGUGUAUGGGACUGCUGCAAAGCGGGAGGAGGGAGCUGAGGAUUGCUGCUGGUCGGGCGUUGCCGUCGUUCUUGAACUUCUCGCACGACGCCGAUCUACUGUCGAAGAAUAAGACCAUCAUUUUGGAGGGACUCACAAUCCUGUCGACUGCCAAUGAUGGGCUUACGCCGGAAACAACAGUGCUUGCGUGGGGCCAGGUUGGAAGGGUGUCUGUGAAUCAGGAAUUGAAUAUGGUGCUUCUACGACUGAUUGAGUACCUGGGAUAUCCAAAUGACCUGGUGAUCGGUGCGGCACUGAAUGAGCUCGAUGCAUUGGUUCAAGCCCACGAGACCCAGCCACGGAGAUUGGUCACGCCUUUCUGGCGCACCGUCAGCGUAAUCGCAGUCAAGCAGCUCCAAACCAAGCCGCAGAUCGUGCAAACACUGAUCCAAUUCAUCUCGAUGGACCUGAACGAGUUCCUGACACACACGCAAGCCUACACACUGCCGUAUCUGGUCGUCCAGGGGGAAACCGAUGUCAUCCAAAAGAUUGCACAAGCGUCCGGGAAGGAUCGUAGCGUGCAGGUUACUUGCUACGAUAACAUUGCGUCGAUCUUGCCGGUAUUGCUUGUACAGGACGUCACCAACGUCGAGAAACAUGCUAUGCAGCAGCUCGAGGCUAUCUCGUCGGAGUUUAAGACAUCGAGUCUGGCGGAGCUGGUUAGGCCGGAUUCGUUGAUGAUUGCUGCUGAGCUUUUAAAGAUGGCCGGGGAAUGCCCGCUGGUAGAACAGGAGCAGAAGGAGAGAAUUCACAAAGCUCUCAAAAUCGUCUUCAAGUUGUCGUAUAGGCCGGAAGUUCAUACACCGGCAACCUCCAGCCGCAAGAUGAAACCACCGCCAAAUAUCGACUAUCUAGUGGACUUCUUUGAGACGCAUGUUCUUGGACUCUGCACGCUGUUCAGCGACACGUUGAAGAAUGCACAAGGAAAAUCCACCGACAUGGAGAAGAUCCGAUGUCUGAAGGCAAUCCAGGAGAUGCUCAAUCUCGCUUCCGGAUCGGUGACGAGUGCACUACCGCAGAUCUGUGCAUGCUGCCAGUCGGCGCUGGAGUCCGACGCUCUCCGCACGACCGCACUGAGGACUUGGUCGAUAAUGGUGGUGCACCUUGACGACGAGGACUUAGUCCCGCUGCUUUCGCAGACGUUUUCCAUCCUCUUGCGGUAUUGGUCGCUGUUUGAUGAUGAGGCAUGCGAAAUUGCCCGGAAUAUGAUUGCUCAGAUGUUUCAAGCUCGUGCUCCGGUGCUGGAGGAGUCGGUGGCGUUGAUACCUUCGUUCGCUUCAAUCCCCCUCCUGAGGAAGUUUGAAACCCGUUUGAAGAAAUGGCGUGAGGGUGUCCAGCCACAGAAGCGGCUACAUCAGCUUGCUCUCCGCUGCGGACACGAGAAUGUCAUCGUCGUGGAGUACGCGCUCGUCGAACUCAGGGACUGCAUCAAGGAGAAUCAGACUUUCAUUCACACCUCUGGAGGGAACCAGCAACCGGAUUCCGUGGUGACUGAGAUGAUACGGAGCCUCCUGGAUGUCAUCGUCACCUUCAAAGAUCCAGACCUACCGGCCAGGCCUCGAAUCGAACGGCUAUGUACGGAGUGUCUUGGCUUGAUUGGCGCCGUCAAUCCGAACAUUGUCGAGUCGAGCCGAGUCAAGGAGGAGAUGACGGUGCUUCACAAUUUCACGCGAGCGGACGAGAGCGCGGCAUUUGCCAUGUUCUUCCUCGAGAAGAUCGUGGGUGAAGCAGUUUCUCUCGUCGCAGGAUACGAAAUCGCAAGGCGUCCUGGCGCCACGAAUCAGAUAAAUCCUGUUCCGCGGAAGUCGCAGUCCACAAUCAAAUCGUCUGCGCAGAAACGAUGGGAUAACCUUCCGCCUGCGGCGCGAGAGACGCUGACGCCGUUCCUGAAGUCGAAGUAUUCAUUGAGCGGAGGGGUCCAGCGCGCGCCGUUCACUUACCCGCUGUUUAAGCCGGGCAUAACGUUCAGGGAAUGGCUGAUGACCAUCAUAACGGAGCUCCUGAUCUGCCGCGGGCAGGAUAUUUCCAUCUCGAAGUUUCUGUUUCCUGUCGCCGUGCUGCAUACGGCAAUCGCGGGCUCGGACGCGGAUAGGCAAAACAUCACGCAGGAGUUCCUCGCGGUGUUGAGGCAUAGGUGCGGGCCCUAUGAUACUACCAAGAUGAAGGAUACGCUGCGGCAGUGCAUCGAGGUCAUCUUCUCGGCGAUCGACCAUAUGACCAAGUGGCUUCGUGACAAGCGGCAGGACGACCUGAUCUCCAAGACGGCGGCUGCGAAACAGCAGAAUAGACACUACUCCCUGGAAGAUGAUUCUGAGCUGAAUCCUGCCAUCCGCCGUGUCCGCAGCAUCCUGGAUGCCAUACCUCCUGAGCUGAUGGGAAGACGGUCACUCGAGUUCAAAUCUUACGCCCGAUCUCUCCUCUACUGGGAGCAGCACAUCAGAGCUAAGAGGAACGAACUGCGGGAGGAUGAGAUGGAACCGCUGUAUCUGCCCACGUUGGACAUCGACCAGCAGAUCCUGGAGCAUCGCAAGGCUGGGAAGUGGACGGCGGUACAGAGCUGGCGCAUACGAGAUUGCUUCCGUUCGCGGUUGAAGCCUCGUGGGGUAACGGGGAACUGGACCGCGCUGGAUAAGUAUUUGUCGAAAUCCAACGAGCAUACGAACGGCACGUACGAUAUCCGCAUGGGUUACGCACUUUCGGAGCUCCGCAAGCAGAACAUGGAGGCGUUCGUCGAGUGGGUCAACAGCGCUCGAGAAACGGUUGCCACCACGAUGACGGAGUCGGCCACGGGAAGUAUCCGGCAGUCCCACACUUCCUCCGUUAGUGAGGGUCUGCACCGGCCGGAGUUCGAUGCGGGCGCGUUUACACGGUCCUCGAGAUACAUUCUGGCGGUGAGGAGGGCUGCACUGCAGCUCUCGGGAAAGAAUAUGACGGAUGAGAUCAUGUCGGCCUGGCUGAGCACUGCGAAGCUCGCGAGGAAAAAUGAUAAUACCCAGCAGGCGUAUAAUGCCGUACAUCAUGCUACGCUGCUGAAUCCGGCGCUGGCGACGAUAGAACAUGCAAAGCUCCUGUGGCAUGAGGGUCAACAUAAGAAUGCCAUACGCAAUCUCAAUGGUGCCAUCGCGAAGAAGAUCCUCGAGAUUGGAACCGAGGCACCACUGUCGCUCUCCAAAGCAAGCCUCGAGGCGCAGCCGCAGCCGCAGCAGAAUCAGAGGGUGGCGAGGGCCAAGCUGCUGCUCGCGAGGUGGCUCGAGGCCAGUGGUCAGACACAUUCGACGGCGCUGCUCCAGAAGUAUACCGACGCUACUCUGUGGUUUCAACGGUGGGAGAAGGCACAUUAUUACCUAGGACGCCACUACAAUAAGCUGUACGAGGCCGAAAAAGCUCUUCCACCGCAGCGACAGUCGUCAACUUUCCUGAGCGGUUCGCACGCAGUGCAUAUCGUGCGGAAUUACAUGCGCGCACUCGCGUUUGGCGCGAGAUACAUCUUUCAGACCAUGCCGAGGUUGCUCACCGUCUGGAUGGAUCUCGGUGAUGAGGUCAAGAGGCCAUUGGAUGCGGUUUACGGGACCGAGAAGUACAGGGAGCACAUAGAAAGGUUGAGGGCGAAGCAGCUUAAGGAUCUGCACAAGGCGACCGAGCGGUAUCAUCAGACUAAGCUGGGAGCAUGGAUGUUCUUCACUGCGCUGCCGCAGCUCAUGUCGCGGAUCAUCCAUUCGCACGAGAGGGUGUACGCGCAGAUCCAGACCAUCAUUGUCAAAGUGGUCAUGACGUAUCCGCAGCAGUCGAUGUGGUCUCUAAUGGCCGUGAUGAAGUCGACGUCUAAGGAACGUUCGCAGCGCGGCCAGCGGGUGCUGACGCAGUUGAGGGAAUCGCUGCCGAAAGGAAAAAUCCCCGCUGGUACCAUAGAUACGAAGCUGCUCAUCAAUGAAGCGCGGAAACUGACGGAUCAACUCCUGGACCUCUGUAACAUGGAGCUCAGCAACCGUUUGGCUCAUCUCAGUCUGAAGAAGGAUUUCAAAUUCCGCCACGAAGUGGCGCCGUGCCAGUUGGUACUUCCUACACAGGCGGUGCUCACUGUCACCCUCCCCUCGCCCACUGAUACGAUCGAGAGCCACGGACACUAUGCGUUUGCGGCGAACCCUCCAACGAUCAAGAGGUUCUUCGAUGACGUUCACAUCAUGGCCUCGCUGCAGAAGCCACGCAAGAUCAGUAUAGAGGGCACAGAUGGGCGGGUGUAUUCCUUCCUCUGCAAGCCCAAGGACGACCUCCGCAAGGACGCACGACUGAUGGAGUUCAACAACAUGAUCAACCGGUUCUUCAAGCGCGACGCCGAGUCCAGUCGGCGGAACCUCUACAUCCGCACAUACUCCUGGGUGAGCAACGUUCAGACGCUGCGUGACAUCCUGCUGUUCUACUACAAACAAAAGAACAUCCACAUAAACUACACGACCGCUCGCAAACUCCUCGACGAAGCCACAGGCGACAUAAAGGAUCCCAAGACCAGAAAGCCCCACAUAUUCUCCAACACGGUCCUCCCCGCGUACCCGCCCAUCUUCCACGAAUGGUUCCUCGAGAUGUUCUCCGAGCCGGCCGCCUGGUUCGCCGCACGGCUGCGCUACACGCGCACGUCAGCGGUGAUGUCCAUGACCGGCACGGUGCUCGGUCUCGGCGACCGCCACGGCGAAAACAUCCUGUUCGACCAGCUCAGUGGGGACACUGUGCACGUGGACUUCAACUGCCUCUUCGACAAAGGGCUCGGCUUCGAGAAGCCAGAGCGCGUGCCGUUCCGGCUGACGCAAAACAUGGUGGACGCCUUUGGCGUCACCGGCUACGAGGGCGUGUUCCGCAAGGCCUGCGAGAGCGCAAUGAGACUCCUGAGACACAACGAGGAAACUAUGAUGACCGUCCUCGAGGCGUUCAUUCACGACCCUAGCGUAGACAUGGUAAAGCGUACGGGAAGCUCGAAGAAGGCGGCGAAGGCUCCGGAUCUCCUCCCGUCCCCCGAGACCCCGAAGGAGAUCCUCGAGAGCAUACAGGCAAAGCUUAGGGGGCUUUGGGAAUCGGAUACCGUGCCGCUGAGCGUCGAGGGCCACGUCGAGGUGCUGAUCAAGAAGGCGACGGACCCCGGGAAUCUAUGCGCGAUGUAUAUUGGGUGGUGUCCCAUGUUUUGA